CCGCGCGGCGUUCCGGAAGUGACGCAGCACGCGCUGACCUUCAGAGGCGGCGAGCGGGUGUCAGGCCGGGUCGUGCCGUUCGGGGCUUUCUCCGCUUCCCGUCUCUUCGCUUCCCUUCUCUCGGCGCCGCUCGUUCCGCUCCCCGCCGCCAUGCCCAGGGGCAGCCGCAGCCGCACGUCCCGUGUGGCGCCUCCCGCCAGCCGGGCACCCCCGAUGAGAGCCGCGUCUCCCGCAGCGGCUCCUCGGGCCUCUGUCCCCGCAGCGGCUCCGCCUUCUGCCGUGGCGACCCCGGCUCCGAAGCAGCCAGGCCUGAUGGCCCAGAUGGCCACUACUGCUGCCGGGGUGGCCGUGGGCUCGGCCGUGGGACACACCAUCGGCCACGCCAUCACCGGAGGAUUUAGUGGUGGGGGCAGCUCCGAGGCUGCCAGGCCCGAUAUCACUUACCAGGAGCCCCAGGCUGCUCAGGCUGCCCAGCAGCAGCAGCAGUUUGCUCCUUGCCAGUACGAGAUUAAACAAUUCCUGGAGUGUGCCCAGAACCAGACUGACCUCAAGCUGUGCGAGGGCUUCAGUGAGGUGCUCAAGCAGUGCAGGGUUGCCAAUGGUUUGGCCUAAGCCUGCACGAAGAGGCUGCUAAAGGUCACCUUGCAAGAACUGACCUAUGAAUGAAAACAAAAAAAAAGCUUCAGUAAUAAAGUUUAAGCUGUUUGUCAUCUUGUUAGUCCAUAUAUUCACUGAUCCUUGUGGCUUGACUCCUGCCAUAGCUGCCUCUGAUGUCACCCAACUCACAGCCGCAAUUUAAUUUAGCACAAAAUGGAAGAGUGAAUAAUAAAGCAGAAUGAGCUAACAUGGGUUUAACUGGUUUUGCUGAUUGUUGUGUUGAAUGUAUGUAAUGUGGUCUAUAAAUAAACUUUUCUCUCUAGAAUU